AUGGAUGACGCACCAGCAUCAUCGUCGUCGAAAUCGCCAAGCAGCGAUUCGCCCAAUGUCGCCGAGCCGACAGCAAUCAAAUUGCCAGAAAUUCAACUACCUACUUUCGACGGUGCCAUCGAGAAUUGGCAUUCAUUCUAUGACGCCUUCUCGUCCACGAUAGAUCGAAGCAAUCGACUCACUGCCGCACAAAAAUUCCACUACCUUCGAUCUUCUUUAACCGGAAAGGCCGCGCGAAGCAUCCAAUCGUUGGACGUUACGGAAAUUAAUUAUCCCAUCGCGAUUGAUAUUCUGAAGGACAAAUUCGACUGCCACCGUCAAGUCUGCAUGCGUCACUGGGACUUGAUUUCCGAAUAUCCAAAAAUAAACAAGGAGACACCCGAAGCGAUUGACGAUUUUCUGGAAACGGUCAAGGCAACACGAAAAAAAAAAACGUCCGAAAAACACAAUCGACAGCAACAACACGCGCCGCGCAACAUCACCUUCGCCACUACACAUAAGCCGACGGCGUGUCCAAGUUGCAAGGGACAACAUAAAAUAUGGUAUUGCAAUGUCUUCAAGGCGAAGUCAGUCAAAAAUCGCCUUGAAAUCGUCAAAAGGGCUUCCCUCUGCACCAAUUGUCUAGGCCAAGGACACACUAUUGCCCAGUGCUCUGCCGGCUCAUGUCGCAUAUGCAGACAGCGACAUCACACAUACUUGCAUCAACACCAACGUCACGGCAAGUCACGGUCUUCGAGCGGUCGAUCGUCGAGCGACCGAUCAUCGAGCGGACGCUCUUCACCUAGCUCACCGACUCCUCGUUCGUCACAUCGUUCGAGACGCGCGUCCACAUCGCCACGGUCGUCUUCCAAGUCGUCUACACCGAGGACCGAAUUACUGACCUCAGUUCCCUCUAAACCAUUACAACAUGAUCUCUUAGUCACGGCGCAGGUCAACAUACAAAACAAUAAGAGACAACCAUUCCGUUGUAGAGCCCUGCUAGACACCGCUUCACUCUGCGUUGGUCAACUUGACAUUACUCAAGAUAACGGGCCCGACUUGCGCCUGCAAAAAACGCGUUUCGGAUGGGUCAUCGGGGGGAGCCCAGCCUCGCAGUCUUCAGCAUAUACUUUCCACGCCUCCACGACGGCUUUACAGGCGGACCUCGCCCGCUUUUGGGAAAUCGACGAAGGACCUUCCAUUCCACACAUUUCAGAAGCGGAACAACAAUGCGAGGAUCAUUUUCGAAGUCACGUACAACGCACAAACGAAGGACGAUACAUGGUCGCUCUCCCAUUCAACAAAACAACUCCUUCACUCGGAUCCUCCAAGGCCAUGGCGAUGAAGCGACUCANCAUCUCUCUGCCGUCGCUUUCAACGGGACAAACAAUAACCACGGACCACUCCACGGAAGACGGAUAUUUUCUGCCACAUCACGGCGUGAUCAAAGAGUCCAGCCAAACGACGAAACUCCGAGUCGUAUUUGACGGAUCGGCACCAACCACCACCGGAGUUUCCCUGAACGACGUACUUCACACAGGACCGAAACUGCAAGAAGACUAA